GCCCACCCCCCGCAAUUCCGUGAAGGAUUUCCAGGACGAUGACGCUCUAGUCGUGCAGCCAUGAAGAGUCGACCGGGGGGAAUUCUUAACAUAUCUUCCGUUUUUGGCGGCCGCUAGUACUUACCGGGGCGGUGACGAUAAGACAAAACCCCGGCCAACUAAUGAAAAAAGAACAAUAGCACACGAGAGAAAGCCCUUCGCUCAUUCCAAGCAUUGGCCCCACGGAAAACGCCCACUUGUUUCUUUGCUUCAGGGCUAAUUGCUCCUUCCUCCCUCCCUCCUCCUUCGCCUUUGAUCGGUUUCCGGAAGGAAAGUUUGAAUCUUGUUGGCUUUGUUUGCUCGCCCAUGGAAUUUACCAUUUAUGGAGGCUGAUGGAGCAGUUGAAUUUAUGAGCACGAGCAUGUGAAAGAAUUUCUGUUCCUUAGAUGGAUCAAGGGGAGUAUUGUGACUGUAAAGAUUGCAGGGGGAAAUAUACGCUGAUUCAAGAUGAAGAAGACCCGAGGGUGCUGAAAUUUGACAAGCCCCUACCAUGUUUUGGCUGUGGAAUUGGAUGGUGUUCAUUACUGUUGGGUUGCUUGUGCCCUUUACUAUGGUACGUUGCAGCACUUCUCUACUUUUGUAAAUACUACAACAGAGAUCCAAGAGAGCGAGAUGGUCUUGUUGCCUGUGUCUUUGCUGCUCUGAUCUGCACUGUUGCAACCUGCAUCACGAUAGCUGUAAUAUUUCUCUAGCACGCUCGAACAAUAUCUGCAAGCAACUCACAGUUCGGCAUUUAACAAAAUGGCUGGAUAGAGAGAACAAAUUCAUUAUUUAUUUCAGCAGCUUUUCUAGAGGCUCUGUACCAAAUCACUGUGAUCUAACAAAAGUGUUAUAAAGAUCUUAAUCGAUGCUUGAUGCUCCCAUCAAUUUGAAGCCUGAGAAGUGAUCGAUGUACUCAGGCUUCAUCGCUAGAUUCGAAUGUGCUAUAAGCCUGUCCUCUAUCAAGCAAUCAAGGUGUGGCACUCUAAUGCUAGCUUUAAUUGAACACUGUAGUCAACUCGCCUUCACUCAAGAUUAGCAUACAACUUCUCCUGAAUUUGUUAGUCAUUACAUGGGGAACUAUUAGCCUCUUUUUAAUGAUCAUGGAGUAUUCAAUUAUUUAUUUCUUCAAAUAGCAUAGUUUUUCUUUUUUUCAAUUUCCAGUGUAAGAAGCUCAUAUUUGAUGUAAAUGAGAUUUAAUUUCAAAAUGUUAUGAUAACCUUCAAAAUAUUUAUCAAUUAAGUUGAUUGAU